GUGAUUUUGUCCUACCUGUGAACCAUUGCCGAUGCCGAUGUAUUUCGUUUCCGACAAAAACAAAGCUAUCAUGACUUGAAACUUUAGUUUCACAUAUUAUAAUUUUGGACAAAUCUGUGAGUUCUAUUUGUUCAAUUUAUUUUACAUGAGCAGGAAACUUGUAACAGCGAGAAGACAUCGAAAUGCUUCGCUUGUCUUCUAUUUGCAGGCGAGCUGGAGCUCAAGCUCCAGUAACUGCCUUUGCCAGUAGGGCCUUGAUCGGUGAAUCGACGCCAGAGUUCCGGGGAAGAGCGAGCCCAUGCAACCGCCCCUUUCUUCAGAACACCUCGUCAUUCCAUACACACUUCGUUUUGAGCCGUCCUGUUCCAGAUUUGCCAGACUUUAAUACCAGUGUGAACAUCCAUGAACACAAGCUGAACAGACCUGUUAAGCCAACAAAAAACACAAAUGCACAGACACAGAAGAAAAAAGAACGGGCGAAAUUGGGCUCCCUUAUCCCUGAGACUCUGAAGGAGAUGGAGAACGAUGAAGAAUUCAAGAUCACUGCCCAGAAACUCAAGCAAAUGGGACAGGCCAAGCUGACGAGGGAAGAGAGAAAGAAGAGGCAGAGGGCGCUAGACAACCUGGGCGUUCCAAACUUCAGAGAUUUCCUCAAACAGUAUCAUCAUGAAGAAACAGGAGAGAAGUGCUCAUCCCUCCUGCGAAAGAUCGACAUUGAGAUCCUGCAAUUGAACAUCGGUCUUUACUGUAACCAGGCCUGCAACCACUGCCACGUUGAAUCUUCUCCUCGGCGGAAGGAGAUGAUGGAUCGAGAGACGGCAGAGAAGUGCAUUGACAUCCUGGAAAAGAGUCCCAACGUUCAUACACUUGAUCUUACAGGUGGGGCUCCAGAGCUGUGUUCUCAGUUUCGUUACCUGGCGAGCGAGGGUCGGAGGCUGGGUCGUAAGGUCAUCGACCGCUGCAACUUGACCGCCUUACUGGAGCCGGGUCAAGAGGACACCCCAGAGUUCAUGGCCGAGCUCGGGGUCACAGUCAUAGCAUCACUUCCAUGUUACAGUGCCAAGAAUGUCAACCUACAGAGGGGUAGUCAAGUCUUCCAACGCAGCGUUGCAGCAUUACAAACUCUGAAUGAGCUUGGCUAUGGGCAACCCGGGAGCGGUCUGGAAUUACAUCUGGUUUAUAACCCUCUAGGUGGUUUCCUCCCACCGCCUCAGGGUCCGUUGGAGCAGAAGUACAAAGAGGAGUUGGAUGAAGCCUUCGGUAUCAAGUUCAAUAACCUCUUCACAAUCACCAAUGUCCCGGUCAAAAGGUUUACAGAUUUCCUGGUUAGAAGGAACGAGUUGGAAGACUACAUGAACAUGCUGGUCCGUAACUUCAACCCGGCGGCCGUUGAAGGUCUGAUGUGCAGGAACUACAUCAACGUUGGUUGGGAUGGACGUAUCUUUGACUGUGAUCUCAACCAGCAGUUGGACCUGUCAAGCAGAAGACCUCUAAAUAUCCAAUCAGAUACUUCCGGACAUGCCAUUCCAAGUGGACUGAAAGGACCCAGCAUUUGGGAUAUUACAUCAGCUACUGACUUUGCCGACCUCGGAAUCGUCACUGACAACCACUGUUUCGGCUGCACGGCUGGUAGCGGUUCAUCUUGCCAGGGGGCCACGGUUUAAUUCAAGUGACAUCAGAAUUUGAACAGCCAAGGUCAAAGGUAAAAGGUGGUGGCAUAUCUAGAGGGGGGGGGGCAAAAUUCAGGGAAUUGCUCAUUGAAUAACCAAAAUUGGACAGAAUUAUUCUCACAAGAACCAAAGGUUAUUUCUUCUGUGCAGUAUAUUAGUAUACUUGAUCGUUCCACAACAAUAUUCUGCCAUUUUUGUGGGGUUCUAUGUUUUUACACCAACUUUGCUUGACCUACAUUAUUCAUGGCUUACCAUAUUUAUAUGAAUUCACUCAAAUGUGUACAAUUUUGCAUACAUAUAUUGAAACCUUAAUUAUAGUAUCCAAACAUGAGGAAAUUAUCAUUUAAGUGAUUGGGUAACUCUGUGGAGGUUUGCGAAAAUUUGAGAUGCGGGGCCCUCCAUGUUGUUCGUGUAUGCAAUGAUGUUCCAAGAAAAACCCUGAACUCUUGAUUUCACAAGCAUCAUUAUACGCGUUGCAAUAAGUACAUGUAAAAUAUUGCUGAUUUCUUGUCCAUAGCAUAUGGUGUUUAAUUUGAUAAGUGUCCGUAUAAGUGCAUAUGAAUGUAGUUAUCAUUAUCGCAGGUUUCGCAGCAAUUAAGUGUCCAAUAAGAUUAAAAUCCUAGGUGAUUCCCGUCUGACCUAAAGGUUUGCAAUUAUGAUUAUGUACAGCAUUAGCUGCAUGAGAAAAAAAUCUUAUAUCAUAUAUUAUGUAUAUUGUAUAUUGUUAAGUUUCAUAUGAGAAUUUGUUAUGUUAUUAUGUUAUGUGUUCCUGGAAAUUAAAUAAACAUAAACAUAAACAUAUCCUGAAUGAAAUGGAAUGAUCCCUUUCAUAAUUUCACUCACAACAUCAAGGAAAUUUUAUCAUUCAGCAAAAAGAGCCGUUUCUUACAUUAUUACAUAGAAUGUAGCAUCAGUCUUACGUCUGUCCAUGUAUAUGGUAAUGAUGAUGCUACAGUGUUUUUAUUGUACUUAUCUCUUACUGAGCAUCUCUGUUUUGAAGAAAAAUGAAGAAAACAGAAUAAUGAAAAUGAAGCUGUAGGCUAUUAUGGCAACUGUCUCAAUCAAAAUUCAGUUCUAAUGAAGUAUGUUUUAAACUUGUAGGAGACAUAUGAUGUGAAAACCCCAUCAAUGCACUUGAUGCACAUGAAACCUUUUUUAUCAGAUAGAAAAUUGUGAGAAUUUUAUUUCGGUUCUUUAGAGAACCAACUAUUGUACGAUUUGUAUUACAUUAUAUGAGAUGAACUUCUGUAAAUAGUAUACUUUAGUUGUUAAAGCAGAUACGAACCAAUAGCGCCAUCUUGAGUUCUCAACUACCUGGCCAGUUUCCUGACCCAUAGUGCUAAUGUAGUCUAGUAAUAUAGACCCAUUUGAAUGAUAGCAUGCUAAUCAACUACUUAUUCCAUUUAUACCGCAAAAAUUAUGCUACCAAGUAGCAAAAUAAUUACUUUUCCUCUCAUUUUAGUUUCUCUAUACAGUUUUAGGUCAAUUUAUAUACUUUAGUAUAAUAACUGAAAAUGUAUAUUUUAAGACUAUGUAUUUUUAACACGCAGUCAAUGAGAGACCACACCAGUAAACUCCCUCUCAAAGAGAAUGAUUACAUGUAAAUUACAUGAAUUAAUUGUUUUUAGUUCUUAAGAGAACUAUUAUGUGAGAUGAACUUCUGUAAAUAGUUUCUUUAGUUCUUAAGAGAAUGAUUAGAUGAGAUGCAGUACUUAAAGAAAUUUUGUUUUAGUUCUUAAGAGAACUUUUUUAUUAGAUGAAGAACUGUAAAGAGUUGAAUUUUUGUUUCUCUCAGAGAGAACUGUGAUAUUAACCCGGGCCCUGUAACACAAAGUAAAGUGAUUGAUUGUAAAACUUAUUUCAUAAUUGAUUGCAUUGAAAAAUCAUGUGCUAUCAAUUUUAGGUAAUUAAUCAUAAAAGUUUGUGAUACAGGGUCUGGUGGACUGAUACAAUCAGCUUUAAUUUUAUUAAAUCAUAAUGUA